GCAGCGGCGCGGAGCAGUCCGUUCGCAACAGGCGGCCGCCUCAGAGAGACGGAGGGAGAGCGAGGGAAGAAGAGCCAGCCCUCCCUCCUCCCGGCGGCCCGGCCGGCCCGCGGCUGCCCGGUCUGUUCUGCCUCCUCCCCCCGCUGCUGCCGACGUGGCGGGGCGGAGAAGGGGAAGGAGCAGGGGGCGCGCCGGCAAGGGGACUGCUGAGCGAAUUGAAAAUGUCUGAAGACAUAUGUGAUGGCAUCCCAUCUGAAGAAAAACCUGAAGUAACGGAAAUGCCCAGCAAUGAGGUAUUGCCUCACGAGUCAGUACCACACCUUGUGGAAGCUGAAGUCUUGCAUGAGUCUUCACAAGAUGAGCAUGGACAGGCCGCUCAGAGUGCCAGUAAUAGACAGGAAGGAGACAUAUUUAUUAAUGAAAACCCUUUGACUGAAAAAAUAAUUGAAAGUCUGCCUUCCAACGGAGAGGCAACUGAAGACAUGCCCAGUGAGUGCAAUGAGACUGUAAGCCUUGAUGCAGAACCUGAAUCUGAAGAAACACUGCAUGAACAAAGCAGUCCAGCCACAGACUCCUCGUCUAAAGCAAGUAGAUGGGGAGCUUGGGGUACCUGGGGAAAGUCUCUCCUGUCAUCAGCUUCUGCCACAGUGGGUCAUGGGAUAACGGCAGUAAAGGAAAAAGCAGGAACUACCCUAGGAAUUCAUAACGCAAGUUCAGCAUCUUCGGAAAUGGCAGAGCCUCCUGCAGCUGAAACGCUAAUUAUACAAGCAGAAGAUUCUCUGGACCAAAGCUCUUCUGAGAAUAUUCCUUCUUCUCCUUCAUCUGGAUCUCGUGGCAUGUUGUCAGCUAUCACUAAUGCUGUACAGAACACAGGGAAAAGUGUAUUAUCUGGAGGCUUAGAUGCUUUGGAAUUCAUUGGGAAGACAACCAUGAAUGUCCUUGCAGAAAGCGAUCCUGGAUUUAAGAGAACCAAAACACUAAUGGCAAGAACAGUUUCUCUAUCUCAGCUGUUGCGAGAAGCUAAAGAAAAAGAGAAACAGAGGCGGGCCCAGCAAGUUACAGUUGAAAGAACAGCACAUUAUGGACUACUUUUUGAUGAAUUCCAAGGUUUGUCUCAUCUUGAAGCUCUGGAAAUCCUGUCAAAUGAAAGUGAAGCUCAGAUUCAGUCAUAUUUAGCAGCACUUGAUGGAGAGCAGUUGGAGACUGUGAAAAAGGAUUUAAUUGCUAUAAAAGAGAUUUUUGUUCCAAAGGAAUCAGAUGAUGAAGUGGUGCAGGCACAGAAAGCAGAUAUGGGAGAAGAGUUUGUCAGCAUGCUUACUGAACUGCUCUUUGAAUUGCAUGUUGCUGCUACUCCUGACAAACUUAACAAGGCUAGGAAAAAAGCUCAUGAAUGGCUGGAAAAAGCCAGUUUUUCCACCCCAGUAGACAUAGAAGAGAAGCUAAAAGAAAAACCUGGAGAACCUGGUGAAGAAAAGACUGAAAAAGAAGAUAAAAUUGACAGUGAUAAAACAGAAGUAGAUAAAAACAAAACUGUGGAGGAAAUCUACAUGCUGUCCAUUGAAAGUCUGGCUGAGGUAACUGCUCGUUGUAUUGAACAGCUUCAUAAGGUAGCAGAAUUAAUUCUACAUGGGCAGGAAGUAGAAAAAACAGCUCAAGAUCAAGCAAAAGUACUGACAAAUUUAACAAGGGCCAUGUGCAAUGAAGUUUCAUCUUUAUCAAAGAAGUUUUCUGAUUCUUUAACAGCAGCUGGGAGCAGUAUGAAGGCAGAGGUUCUUAACCCCAUCAUCAACCGUGUGCUAUUAGAGGGUUGCAACAGUACUACUUAUAUUCAGGAUGCUUUCCAGCUAUUGCUUCCAGUUCUACAAAUUUCACAUAUCCAGACCAGUUGUUUGAAAGCACAAGAGUGACAGUUUCCCAGCAGUUGUCACCACUGGGCUUAACAGAAACCACAGAACUAAUGUCUUUAAUGUACGCAGAUAGAAGAGAUGGUAUGAGAGAUGUCUGGCCACUUAGAGUCCUUUGAAGACACUAAACGCGGUUUUGCACAUACAAUAUUGAACAACAUUUUAAAACUCUUCCAGACUUUUAGACUUUAGCAGUAGUUAGCAAAGUGAGUAAUUUCUUUUCCAUUAGAGCAUAUCCUUUGCAUUAAUUUAAACUGAAGUUUAUUGAUAUUAGCAUUGACUUAAAUACGGAUUCUAAAUGUUACCCUUUCAGUUGUAGACGAUGUAUGAAGCAAAUUAGAAUGUAAUUUUUUUUAAAACAUUUCAGCCCAACUGACCAUUUCUAUUGUUUGCCUCCUAACUGUCAGUUAAAAAUAUAUAUUUCAAAAGUUGGUUUCAAUAUUUAAUUUUAGCCAACAUGAACAAAUUAUCAGUGUUGUGCUUGUUAAAUAUUAUUUAGAGUAGCAAAUAACAUCAUAAUAAUAUGUACCACUUACAUAACACUUUGUGUUGAAAGAGUUGUACAGUAGUAGGUAUUAACAUAACUAAAUGAAAAUUAUGGAGUUUAUGCAUUAUGAAUUAUACUGAAAAGAAAUUUUCUGAGCCAGUUAAGAGUACGGGUAAAGCUCUGUAUUUGCUGACCCAUAGUUUUAUAUUCAUUUAUGUCUAUUUCUUAAUUCCAACGGCUGAACAACAUUGCAGGCCAAAUUAAUCUUUUUAAUAUGCAAGGAAUAGAAAAUUUCCCUUUUGUUUGGCAAUUGAAACACCUCCAAAAUAAUCUCCUCUCAGAUGAGUUACUCAGGUUAGCACUUUGGGGUUUCAUUUGGGCUUUAAACUUUAUGAACCUUUUUAUCAAAUGGAGUUACUGAUACUGACAAUACAGAAAUACAGUUUUUGGGCAUAGAAAAGAAGUUGUGGAAAGAAGUUAUGAGAGAACUGCUUUGGGUGGGGAGGUCACAUUUCAGAGCAAUCACCUUUUCUCUGAGGCAGUAGCUAGACAGACCAUAACUGAGCAGCAGGAAUGACGUUUCAUAAUAACACUAGCAACCAUGAUAAUUUGUCCAUAUCCUUAGCUUAAAAUCCUGAGCUGUGAACCUCAGGAUUUUGUUUAGGCUAGUUAACCUUGUAGACAGGAAGAACCUUCCAAUAUUUUAUGUAGCCUGUUCUCCUGGGUUUUCAUUGUUUAUUACAUUUCUUUCAGCUAUUUUGUAUUUUUUCCUCUUGAUACUCAUGAAUUGUAUUUAACUGCUUUUUAAUUGUAGUUGACAUCUGAAUAUGUGUAAUCAUAGAAGAAUAGUUCAUACAUCAUAAAAAUAAUGAAAUAGAGCAUGAGGAAAUACUAUCCUGUUUGUUAGAAAAGAGAAACCAUGUAUCUGCUUUGUACAUGGUAACUUUUUUGAGUCCAAGUAAGAGAGGACAGAAAGGUGUGUUUGUGUCUUUCUUACACUAUUGUGGUCCCUGUUCUGCUGUCACACGCAUUGUGACUUCUCUGUCUUUAGAUUUGACAUACCUUUCUUGGUAAGUAGAAGGGGUACAGUCUUCAAGUCCACUUGCACAGAAUGUAAAAACAAAACUUGCAAUGUGAACAAAAAUAAGAAAGCCGCUUGGCAGCUGAAAAGGCAGACAAAGCUUGACAUUCAUUGGUAUUUACGCCCUAUUGCACAGCUAACAUUACCUCAACAUGGGAGAAAGCAGGACACAGGAAAAUGCAAGCGGUAAGCAGGCUCACUAGCCCAAAGGUAGGAUACAGCUCCCACCAACCGUUACAUCCACGACACUUCUGUCUGGCAUUGCUUUAUUUCUGAAAGCGUCAUUUCAAAAGUGCAUUACAAAAUAAUGUUCAGUUGAUGCAAAACAUUCCAUCUCUGGCUUCUACACUUUGAGGGGAAUAAGCGGACUCUCUUCUAGUAGUCCUGUCUGGCUGCUGGAAGAGACACACGCUUGUACUUACUUGACCAGGGGUCAUUCUUGUAUAUGCACUUUGACCCAGAAGAACAACUCCUCAGUGCGGAUGACUGAGGACCGUGUACUUGCUCCAUAUACUUGAUCGUGAGCAGUUCCCAGUUUUAAAGAUCUGGACACCAGUGAAAGCAUUCAGUAGCUUGUAAAAAGGCCUAUUUGUUUAAAGCGUUUUUUUCUGUUGUUCAAUGCUGGCAAGCAGAAUAUAAUACCUGGUUAAAAGCUUGUUUAUUUUUCAAAAAAGACUGUCAAGAAAAUUCUAGUGUUUUCACCUAUCAAUCAUUACAUCCUGGAUUUAUUCUCACUUUAAUUCGGUCAUUAUUUUUCAUCAAGAAACCUUUCUGUCCACAUUGGAGUACAGCUCUGCGUCAGGUAUCUGUAAAAUGCCAAAUCCGCGUUAAUGCCAAAUGAGUCAUAGAACAUAGCAAUAGCUGUUUCAUAUUGUUCCUGUGCCGAGUUAAUGUUUUCAGACAUAAAUGAAUUUAGUUACUUUUUCAUACGGAUCUUUUUUUUCAUCUGAAAUGCAGUGCAGAAUAUGUAGUGUUAAACCUGUCAGAAAAAUGUGUUGACUGAUAGUGGUGCCUUUUAGCAGAGGCUGAACAAUAUAGUAUUAGAAGCCUCAGGCAAUAAUGUUUGAAAUCGUUGAGGGGUGUUCUUAAGACAAAGAUUGCUUGUCUGAGAUAUUCCUUACUGGAGGUUUCACUGUCUUGCUUAAAUUAUGCAGGUAUUGAAUAAAGUACCUUACCCUGAAGUAAAAGAAGCUAUAAAAAAUAAUGUGGCGACUUGAAAUAUUUACAUCCAUACAAUGUGGGAAGGGAAGUAGGGCAGAAUAUGAGCAUAGGGAUACUCCAUCUGAUCUCAGAUGCAAUCAUCUUGUUCUAGGAAAACUGAAUGUUAUAUCUUUAAAUCAAUUUCAGGUAAAUAAUAUUUCAGUAGAAAAGUACUAUGUGGAUGUAACCAGAAUAUUUUGGUCACGCUGGUUUGUAUUUUUCCAUCAGUCAAAUAAAUCAUUUGAGAUAUUGAA